AAAGAUCUCAAUGAUUCAUGCACUUAUCUUAUAUGCCCUUUGCAUUGAUCCGAACAAGUAGAGAUUUUUAUGAUUUUGGGGUUUUUCUGGCUUGAUUUUAUGAUAUGGAUCUCGACGCUUUUUACUCAGAUCUGAUUAUGAUAUCAUAUUUUGGUGUCCAACUCUUAUCUUUUCGCUCUGGAAAUCAAAGAUCCCUCAUUUUUGUUCCCCCGAGUGUUUCUCGAUCGGUGUUCUUUUAGUUUUACCUAUGUUCAGAGAUCAGAGAGAAUCUUUCCAUCAUUGAGCUCUUGUUUGGGAUGCAUCGAUGUCUUUGCUAGCUUUUGAAUUGUACCCAAAUCUGUGUUUACACUUUAUAUUUCAAGCCUUUAGUUAUAAUUUAUUUUCUUAUAGAUUUGAAAUAUUAAUUUUAAUAAAAUUUGCUAUAUUUUUGUUUCCUUUAUAGCUAGAAAAUUCAUUGAAUUUUUCUUUUCGUUAUAAAAGCUACUAGUCCAACGAGAGGGAAACUUGAACAGUACGUAUUGUGUUAUAAAUGAACAUACAGAGAAUCCUUCAACUAAAAUUCAUCACAUCGUUUAAGUAAUCACAUUUAAUUGUUGAUUAAAUAUUUUCUAAAUUCGAGAUAUUAAUUUUUAAAUAAAAAGAAGUUGUCCAGUUUAUAGCUAGAAAAUUCAGCGAACUUUUUUUUUUUUUUUUUUUUGUAUGGAGAAGACUGUUCCGUGGCACUUGAUAUUAGAGGAAACUUAAUUAAGGCUACGAAUGAAACACAUAUAUAGAAUCCUUGGAUGAUGCAUGCAUGCUUUUAUGUUAUUAAUGUGAGGCUUGAAUCAAUACCUUAUGUUCUUAGCUUAUUUAUAUAUGUCUUAAGAAAAUCUGAAACUAUUUCAGACUUCAACUCUGCAUAGAUUAAUCCAUCUCCCGUCAAAAUGGACCGUGGUUUGUUAGUACUCGUUGCAAUUUUAGGACUUCUCUGGUUAAGCAAUGGUGAAUCAGUGAUGAAAUAUGGAGCGGUCGGGGAUGGAAUUGCCGAUGAUACAUCUGCGUUCCAAAAGGCGUGGGAGAAUGCUUGUAAGGGAAGCUCCAAAACGGGGAGUGUACAUGUACCAGCAGGGAAGGUGUUCCUCCUCAACUCCCUUCACUUCACGGGACCUUGCAUACCGAAACCUCUCCUUUUCACUAUCGAUGGAGAGAUGAUAGCGCAGAGUGAUCCAAACAAGUGGGAAAAUGGUGAGAACGGAGUAAUACCAUGGCUCAUAUUCGAUCAAGUGGAUGGACUUGCAAUUGUAGGGCGCGGCUUGUUGAACGGCCAAGGCAAAGCAUGGUGGGAUAUUCAUUGCAGAGAUCAUCCCGGACCCAAUUGCAUCUGGCUUGCACCAACGAUGAUGACAUUUAGCAACUGCGGAAAUGUAACAUUAAAGAGUUUGAGAUUCAGAGAUAGUGCACAAACCCAUGUUCUUGUGAUGGGAAGCCAAAAUGUGUAUAUCAGUGAUAUCAAAAUAACCUCACCGGAGGCUAGCCCUAACACCGACGGCAUUCACAUCACAUCUUCCACCUCCGUUUCUAUUAAUCAUUCUGACAUCGCCGCUGGUGACGAUUGUGUGUCUAUCGGUGAUCAAGUGAAUAAUGUGACUGUUUCCUUUGUGAACUGCGGACCUGGUCACGGUGUAAGCGUUGGGAGUUUAGGUAGAGGAGGAACAGAGGUAGCAGUGGAAAACAUACGUGUGUGGCACGUUAACUUCACAGGAACAACAAACGGAGCUCGAAUAAAGACGUGGCCUGGAGGAACUGGUUACGUCCGAGGAAUCGAGUUCUUCGACAUUCGUUUCUCGUCUGUACAAAACCCCAUCAUCAUUGAUCAGUUCUACGAGAAAGGCAGUUCACAUAGAGAAAGUGAGAUACAUGAAGAUGAGUGGAACAUCGGCUACAAAGGUGGCAAUGAAGCUUGAUUGUUCAGGGGAGAGUGUUCCAUGUUCCAUCCUUUUCAUGAGAGACAUUGCCUUAUCUCCGGCCGAUGGAAUUGAUUCUGUCUCCUCUCUCUGCUCUUUUGUUCAGGGCUCCGCACAAGGCAUCAUCCGACCUUCCUCCUGUCUUUAGCUAAUAUGUUGGGGGUGUAAAUUGAAAUACUGUGUAAGUAUAUUGGUCAUAUUG